AUGUGUUUCAGUAUGGAGGAGGACGAUCUGAUAGAAGCAGAAGACGAGGCAACUUAUAGGCUAAUCAUGGAAGAACUGAUCAGAGCAGAAGACGAUAUGCUAAUAGUGGAAGAACUGAUCAAAGCAGAAGACGAACUGAUCAGAGCAGAAGACGAAGUAUUACUCUCACGUUAUCUGAAGCGUAUGGUCGUUAACGGAGAUUCAUGGCAUCAGCAAUUCAUCAAAGACGUAGACGUGUUCAACAAGAAUCCAUAUGAAGAGUUCGAUUCUGAGAGCCCUACCUUCGUGAUCGUUAAGCCAAGAACAGAGGAUUGUGGUAAAACUGAUGGAUGCGAAUCAGGUUGCUGGAGGAUCAUUGGUCGUGAUAAACUGAUCAAAUCGGAGAAGACUGGGAAGGUUCUAGGGUUCAAGAAGAUUCUCAAGUUCUGCGUACAGAGGAAACCAAGAGAGUACAAGAGAAGCUGGGUAAUGGAAGAGUUUAGGCUCACGAAUAACUUGAACAAGAAGCAAGAUCAUGUGAUUUGCAAGAUUCGUCUUCUGUUUGAAGCCGAGACUAGUUCCUUGCUAGCCAAGCAUUUCUCGUAUCUCCCCACUACUAAAGCCGUACCGGUUCCUGCGAAUCUAUUACUUCCAGCUUAUGGAUUCAAAUCAACAUAUCCACAAAUGGAUGAUGAAUCAUAUGUGCUAAUGAUACCUGAUUCAGAAGGAAACUCUUGGCCUAGUUACGUUACAAACAACGUGUACCGCUUGGAUCCAUGGAAGCUUGUGGAUAUUCAUGAUCAGAUGUUUCUAAACUUCGGAACCUGUUUCUUCACUAACGGGACUUGUGGUGUUACCGAUGUAUGCGAUAAUGGUUACUGGAGGAUCCUGCACCCUGAUAGGCUGGUCAGGUCAAAGUCCGGGGAGCCCAUUGGUUUCAAGAAGGUUUUUCAGUAUUAUGAAACGAAGAAGCAAAGAUAUGUUUGUGAAGGAGAAGAUCAUAAGGUAACUUGGACUAUAGAAGAGUAUAGGCUUGUCGAAAUGGUGAUGAAGAAUAAAGUGUUGUGCGUUAUCAAGCUCACUAUUGAUGAUAACUAG